AUAGCGAAGGGAACUUCAAGUUUUGGCAAGCGCCACAACAAGACACACACGCUCUGCAGACGUUGCGGACGUCGCGCCCUCCACAUCCAGAAGCACACCUGCGCCGCCUGCGGAUACCCCAACGCCAGCAUUCGCAAAUACAACUGGGGCGAGAAGGCUAAGCGCAGAAAGACCACCGGUACUGGCCGCAUGCGACACAUGAAGGACGUCCCCCGCCGCGCGAAGAACGGAUUCCGCACCGGUGUUCCAAAGGGUGCCCGUGGCCCAACCACCUCGUCGUAA